AUGCUCACGCCAGCAAGGAUGAUAGUGACUCUUGGAGUUAUUGCUAUCAUUUCAUUUAUUUGCGGCCCGUUAUUUUUAGUUUUAACUAUAGACGUACCGCUUUUCGAAAAAAGAUAUGAUGACGCAUGCACAAUCGGAAAUGUAUGCAAUAUCAACUUUCAAAUAGAAGCGAAAAUCAGAGGCGAUAUUCGAAUUAAAUAUAAAUUAACAAAUUUUCAUCAAAAUCAUAAUCAGUUUAUGAAAUCAAGAAAUAUAGAUCAAUUACGAGGAAAAUACGUUGAUUUCUCAGACAUGUAUGAAUGCAAACCUUUAAGAUCAAGAGAUGAUUCGGAGUCAGAAUCAGAUUGGAUACUUCCAUGCGGUCUAUCUGCAGUUUCAAUCUUUAACGAUACAUUUACUAUUAAAUCAGAAGAUCCUGGUUUCUCAGAAACAGGAAUUACAGAUCAAUACGAAGUCGAUUCAAUAUAUAAACCACUAAAUAGUAAAUAUGCUACAGGAAACAAAUGGCUAGAAAAUAAUACGUUAUUUCCUGGUGCUCAGACAAACGAACAUUUUAUUGAAUGGAUGAGAGCUUCAGCUACUCCAACGAUUGUCAAAACUUAUUCAAUAUGUAGAAGUUGUGAGCUUCAGACAGGAAAUUUCACAAUACAAAUCAAAAAUAAUUAUCCGGCUUCUUUUUUUGACGGAAAGAAAUAUAUUAUAUUAGAAAAGGACUCAUUAUUAGGCUUAAAGAACACAUUUCUUGGCAUUCUAUUUGUUGUUAUUGCCAUUUUCUGCACAAUUUGCCUAAUUUUAAUACUUUUAUUGAAAAUAUUUUAUCCAAGAAAGCUCGGAGAUCAAGCAAUUAUAAAUGAGAUGAUUGAACGCAACAAAGCUUUAGCUUUUCCACAUUAA